CCUCUGCCUUUAAAAACCCAAUCCUUUGGCCUUAAACAAACCUCCUCCACUUCACAUCUCAUCUCUCUCUAAUAUUUUGCAUCACAAAGUUCCAGUCAAGAGUCUCCUUGUUUGCUAGAGAUCAGACUCUUGUGUUUGCACAUAUUUGUUGCUCGCUAGCUAGGCAUGGAGAUCCCAGUGAUCAACAGAAUAAGCGAUUUCGAGACUGGCAUAUCUUCUCUGCAAAACCCAUCAUUUCUUUCCCAGAUUUUAGCUCUAUCCGGAGCCGAAAAAAUUCACCAAGCUUACAGUUUUUGGAAAUGGGGCGCUCUCCUUCUUGCCCUAGUCGCCUCUUUCACAACCAUAAUUAACAGAAUCAAGAUUCUGGUCAUCCGAUUCAAAAACCACCCCUUCAUCUCCUCACCAUCUCUUAUUACCAAUCAAGAAGACGGCGAUUACGAAAGCGAAACCGACUUAUCCUGCUCGUCGUCAAUAUCCUUAUCAGAUGAGGAGCAGGAAGAAGAGCCCCCAUCAACUUCACGAAGCUGGUGGUCCAUUAAUGAUCAUGAUGAAGAUUUCUGUGUCAGAGGUUCUGGCAAUCGUUACAUUGAUGAUCAAUGGCAAAACGGUAAUUUUAGGCUCCGGAGACGACGAAACAGCAGCAUUGGAGACUUUUUUUCGUUGUCUGAUUUCACAAAUGAGAGAAACGUGGUAAAGCUCUGGGAUAAUUUAGGAUUAGGCCUAGGUUUCAACCUUAACAACGGCGGCGAUUCAAGGAGUGCGGUCGUUUCUUUCUAUGACAUUAAUAAUGAGCGAAACAUAUGUUCCAUUUUUGGCAGCAAAUGUGAUAGUUUCACUGCUGUUUCCCCGUCUCCUUCAGUGGUUGUCUCCGCAGAGACAAAUUUAUCAGGCCAUUCAUCCUUGAAUUUAUGGGACAGCCGUGUUGGGUUUCGGAUGCCGGAGGUUUUUGCGGAGCUGAGACCUAUGCUGGGGAAGAUUGUCGGUGUCAGUGGCGGCGGUGGCGGUGGCGCGAAGAAGGUUUAUGUCAGAGAUGAUGUCACUGGUGAGUUAACGGUGGGUGAUAUAAGAAAAGUCAGUUCGCCGUUAGUCAAUGUGACGGAGUCUGAUGUGGAUACCUGGUGGGAUGCUGACGCCGUUAUUGUUGAGGAUGAAUGUGAAAAGUCUGUAUGACAACGCUGUUAAGAAUUCACCUGUAUUUUCUAGAAAAAGGCAGUGGUCAAAUAAUGUGAUUCUGCAUUCUGUAAAUAUAUUUAUUUAAUAGUCAAUUAAAAAAUGGAAAAAAGGUUCAA